GCCACCUACCAGAAGGUGGUAGAAUACCCCGUCGGCGGGGGCGUGUUUAAUGAUCUCGUCCCUGGCCACGUCGUCCUGGCCCAGGCCAUGCCGGCCAAAGAUCGGGCUUACUUGAAGAAGCUCGGGGACGAGAAGAUUUACGAGGGCGGCAUGGACCUCUUCGUCCAAAGUGCCUUUAUGCUUAUGGAAAGCCAUAAGAGGCAGUAUUGGGAGAUAGCUCGCUUGAAAGGGCUGGAGCAGAAGGCUGCCUCGGCCGACGAGGCGGUAGCUUGCCUUGAUCGGCUCCGGGAGGAUGCCA